UUUAACUUGGGAAUAAAACUGGCCAUUCUUGUUACGGUUAAAUCGGAAUGAUUUACGAUUACACCUAUGUCCCAUCCCUUGAAAGUCACGUGACCAGCUUGCGUUUGAGCGCACUAACAGCUGCUUGUAAAUAGAGGCUGUAAAUAUAACGUAUAUAGUUUAAAGAUGAGUUUGGGUGCGCGCGCCACCAAGGGUGGUGCGAAGGGGGGCGCUAAAGACGGCAAGCAUGCACAGGACACUCGGAAGAGCACAGACAAAACCCAGACCAAGGAGAAGGUUAAACCACAGGCUACUACAGAACAGCUCCGGAUGGCACACAUGAUCGAUCGUAAAAGCGAUGACGCGUCUGACGUUCGAAGAAUGGUGCUGGAGUUGAUGGAGAUGACGUGCCGCACCGAGGAGGAGGUGUGCUCGGCGCUGCACGACUCCGACAACGAUAUGGUCGCCGCCUGCAACCUGCUGCUGGAGGAGAGCCAGCGGAUACAGGGAGAGUGGCGAACCAGCGAGAAAAAGAAAAAGAAGCCACCAGCCCCCGCUGGCAAUGGUGAAUUAGACCCACCACGGGACCCACGCAGUCGUUCUGGACCCAGGCCACGUCGCGGGUCAGGCGAGCGGGGUGGCGAGCGUGGCGAGCGGGCGAGCGGGUGGCGCGGGCGCGGCGGCACGCGCGGGCGGGGCGGCGCGCGGGGGGCGCGGGGCGGCGGCGCCCGUCGCCCGCGCCCGAGCGCGCCUGCUGGGACCACACGCAGCCCGGAGGUGAGUGUGCAGGGCGGCGCGGCGAGCGGGCGAGGGCGGGUGGCGCGGGCGCGGCGGCACGCGCGGGCGGGGCGGCGCGGGGGCGCGGGCGGCGGCGCCCGUCGCCCGCGCCCCGAGCGCGCCUGCUGGGACCACACGCAGCCCGGAGGCGGCAGCAACAACAUCGUCGACACAUUCCCCACCACAGAAGACUGGGACAACGAGGAGUGGUCCGGAUCUCUAUCAGACACCAAGGUGUUGCAGGUGUUCACGCCCAGCUCCGCCGCGCAGCCCGCCGACGCCGCGCCCGACGCGCCGCCCGCUCAGCAAAUAAGUUCAGUGAGCCGGCAGUCGCCGGUGUCGGGCGCGGUGGCGGCGCCGGCCGAGCCUCAGCCGCCAGCCGAUACUUACCAUCAUCCGGUUCAUCAUCAGCCAAUGGGCAUGUCUGGAAGUCUGACGGCGGCGCAGUCGCAGUAUCUCUCGCAACUCACACAGCAGUCGCAGAGGCACGACAAUAGCGUGUACACGUCAAAUUACGGCGUGUACGGCUCCACAGACAUCACCAGUCAGAGGAAACCGCAGCGAGCGAGAGUUCCUCCUCCUUCUAAGAUCCCGUCUAUGGCGGUAGAGAUGCCAGGAGGUGGCGAGGGUGGCAUGUUCCUGGACGUGCAGUUCGGAGCCCUGGAGCCCGACGCGCUCCGGGACAACUGCACCCCCAAGCCGCAGCAGCAGCAGCCCGCGCCGGCACCGACGGCGUCAGCGGCGCCCGCAGCGCCCGCCUCCCCCGCCGCCGCCACGCCGCCGCACGAGCCGCCCGCCGACACCCCGCCCGCGCCCAUGCCCUACCAGCCGCCCAGCACUGCCCGCCCGCCUCCCCGCCGCCGCCACGCCGCCGCACGAGCCGCCCGCCGACACCCGCCCGCGCCCAUGCCCUACCAGCCGCCCAGCACUGCCGUAUGUACCAACACAGCAGCAGCGGCGCCACCAGCGCCCGCCUCCCCCGCCGCCGCCACGCCGCCGCACGAGCCGCCCGCCGACACCCCGCCCGCGCCCAUGCCCUACCAGCCGCCCAGCACUGCCGUAUGUACCAACACAGCAGCAGCGGCGCCACCAGCGCCCGCCUCCCCCGCCGCCGCCACGCCGCCGCACGAGCCGCCCGCCGACACCCCGCCCGCGCCCAUGCCCUACCAGCCGCCCAGCACUGCCCUGAGUGAGAGUUUAGCAGUAGUGGAGCCGACGCCAGUGAGUGCGCCGGCCACCACCGAGCCCACUGUCACUAAUACUACCUCGUCCCUGGAGGCGGCGCUGUCGAGCAUGAAGCAGCUGUCGGUGUCGGACGCGCCGCCGCCGCAGCACCAGCCGCAGCAUCACAGGCCCAAGACUGUAGGACAACAGAAUGUGUACGCGCAUCACGCGGUGUCACAUCACCCGCCUGUAUACGGAGCCAAUGUCUAUGCGCCACAGGUGAACUCGACCAACGCGUCGCUGACGGGCGCGUCGGCCAUGUCGGCGUCCGCCUACCCGUCCAGCGUCACGCUCACGCAGUACCAGCCCAUCAUCAACUCAUACCAGACGUCGUCGUCGGCGGGCCCGUACGGCGGCAGCGCCCUGUACACAGCGGCGCCCUACACCCCCUACCAGCCCACCGCGCAGCCCAAGCAGCCGCCCAAGGAGACACAACAGCAACAGUACGACAGUUCAGUGGCGUCGAGUAACAGUUUAACGAGUACGACGACUCAGACGCAGACUUCCACAGCCAAAGUAGCGACUACCACAGUGGCGGGGCACGGGUCUGGGUACGCGGGCGGCGCGCUGUACGGCGCCGCCGCCACGCCGGCCUACGCGCCCUACGACGACCAGCUCAUGCGCUCCACGCUGCCGCACCACAUGGGCGGGUACUAUGAGGUGGGCUACGGCGGACGGGACGCCACGUUCGGCCUCAGCGCCGGAGAACGAUUCGGAAGGACUGAUGCUGCUUCACCACAACAGGUGCCAGCGGCGGCGUUACCUCCCGGCUACGCGUACUUCGCGUACCAGCCGCCUCCCACCACGUACCAGUAUGGCGUCUAUCCCACGUACGGCGGCGGUUCGAACGUGGGCGGCGUGGGCGGAGUGGGCGGCGUGUCGACGCAGGGCAAGGUGUCCACAUACACGCAGCAGCAGCCCUACGACGCGCAGGACUCAUAUAAACCUGGCGGCGGCUAUACGGGCAGCGGCAGCAAGGCGGGCGGCGGCGCGGCGGCGGAGCUCGGCAACGCCAUCUACGCCAAGCCGCAUCCCGCGCUCAACAAGGUCAACAGUUACGAGAAGGCGUCGUUCCACAGCGGUACGCCGCCCCCCUUCGGCGGAGCCUCGCACCUCUACAUCCCCGCGCCGCCGCACCACCACCCGCACCACCACGCGCCGCAGCAGCACCAGAUGGAUGUACGGGUGAACAGUAGUCAUAAUAGGCGGGAGAGCGGGGCGGGCGGCGGUCGGGCGGCAGCCAGCAAGCCGGCGGCCAGCAAGCCUAGCUACUCGCAGUCCUACUGGGCACCCAACUAGCUAACACUGGGUCGGGCGCUCGGUGCGGGUGCAGCGUGCCCUCUGAAGUAACCUAGCUCAAUACUAAACCAACUCCACGCGACACAAAUACCGCAUUAUUAUAUAAAUUCAUAGUGUAAAGGCAUCGCCGCCGUCACCUAAGAUUUUUUUUUUCAUUUUUUUUAAAUACUACUGUCGUCGGUAGCCAGAUGUCGUAGUUGAACGAUGCAAUAUAAUUAUGUAUUUUAUUUGUUUAUGAGCGUCGUGACGACGUCGAUGCAUCAUCUCAUUCGUUAAGUCCGCUAUCAUAGGUUUCAAUUGUUUAAAGAAAUUACCUCUAGUGCUAUGUAUAUCUAAUAAAGUAUGUAUAUGUAUGUAAGCAUUUGGUACGCUAUGCGCGCCGAAGUUUUUUAUUUAGUUGACAUACUUUUUGUAAUUAACACUUAUUAUUAAAAAUGAUUAAAGAGAUGUCAUAGGACGAUAAUCGUAAUUGUAACGAGUAUGAUAGUCGAGCUCUUUUAUAUGUGGAAGAAUGCACUUGUGAUGAUCUCGCGGGCAUUUGAAAGUAUGACGGAUUACACAUAUUGGAACUUGA